CAGGCGCGUAGUCGAACACAGCUUCCCUGGUAGGGGGACUAGCAGAAGCUAUUGUGUGAAAAGAAGAGCUGAAUGUGAUUGUUGUACAAAUACGAAUGGCUUGGAAAAUCAAGAAACAGUCCUACGCAGGUCAGAAGGUGCCAAAACUAGAAAGGGGAAAAUACUCGCUAUUUACCCAUGGAACACUGUCUCUGUAUCAGGAAGAGCCAAAUUACGCUGGUAUAGCGACAGCUCGCAUGCCUUGUCGGAUGGCCCGCGUUCCGUCCCCAUCAAAACGGAAAAGGGUAGGGAAACUGAAAUGGAUGCACUUGAAUAUUUGAACUACAAUUGGAGAUGUGCCGAGAUAGCAGAGGAGCUAGAAGCUAUGUUACACGAACCAGUUGAGAAGGAACAGGUUGAAGCUACAAUUAAAAAAAUUUUAUCAGAGACGAAUUUGAGACCAUCCAGCGAGUUUCGUUUCCAGCUUGUUGAGCUUUGCGUGCGCAUCGGCAGUGGAGAGCUAGGUAUUCAAAUACUCGACUGGUUUUACGAGAACAGGGUGGGGUUGGACACGGCAUCUAUCGAUCGGAUUUUAUCACUUGUGCGCUUUUUUCCAGCAGUGUCCCAGUUUUAUCCAGAGCUAUGCAAAAAGGCGAAAGAAAUGCAGGCCAAAAAUUUCGAAGACAAAAAGGCUGAGGUAAAGAACAAAAAGAACACAAAAAAUUACUGGGUACAAUUUUUUACUUCCCCAAGCAAGAUUGGCAAGAAUUGUUUCAUAGAAAUUGGCGAUCGAUUCCAAAUAAACAAAGAGAGCCGGUUUGUCGCGGAAAGUCCAAUUGUGGAAUCACGUGCUGUAGAAAGGGCAGUACGCCUGAGAAAUGAAGUAUCAAGUAAGUCAAAUGAAGAGAUAUUGGAGACAAAAAUCGAGGACUCAGUUUUGUUUGAAGUAAUCAUAGACGAGUUGUGCAAUCGCCGAUUGUACAGCAGUGCUAUUCAAACACUAGAAAAGGUUGACAAAAAGAUUCUUUCUAUAAACAGUCUCCGUGCGCUUGUACCAAUAGGCAAAUAUCACCUAGAGAAAGGGGACAUAUUGGGGAUUAUGAACUUGAUCCAAAAAAUGGCCGAACUCGAACUUAGUCCAACAAUUGAAUUUUUCAACAUUUUGAUCGAGUUCCACGUUCAAACGAAAAAUUGGUUGGAGGCAUUGAACGUCUUUAUCAGACUUCCUAGCUACCGUCUCUCUCCAAAUAUCGAUACAAUUAACAUCAUGCUCUUGAUGUGUUACGAGAACAGAGACUUAUUUACGGCAAGGGCUCUUCUUUCAGAAAUGAACACACGUUGGGAAAUCGAGCCGAACGAUGAGACUUGGCGGUACAUACUUUACACCUGCCAAUUUUUCGACGACGAGACGAACGCCAAAUAUUGCUUUAGCAAUAUUGAAGUGCACAAUACGAAGGACUACAUAGUGCUAAUGAAACUUCACAGCAAGAGAAAUAACUGUAAAGAGAUGUUAGAUAUAUUCGAGAAAAUGGAAAAAUCAAAGAUACCUCAAAACAAUAAGUCGUUUGCCAGCAUUGUUCGCUAUUUUUGCCAAUGCGGUCAGCACCAUGCGCUUCUAAAAAUACUGGAACACUUCAAAAACGUUCACAACCUUUUUUUGAACCAAGUAACGUUUUUGGCCAUCGUGGCAGAUUCUUUGAAUCAAGGCAAACUUGACGUGGCAUUUAAACUGGAGGACUUCAGGAGUGAACAUUUAAAAAAUAUGCUCAAUGAAUUUUACGUUUACACAUUUUGCAAAUGUCUAGCCUCAGAUGCCAGAUUUACAGACGCGUCCCGACGAAUACGUUCUAGCUCAGAAAACAAGCUAUUAACGUCUGCUGAAUCCGAAAAGUGGAAGGAAUGCAUCGAUGCUUGGAAAGAGAGACUUAGCGUCACGCUAGAUGAGUAACUGGCUCACCAGCUCACAAAAAACAACUCUCAAGUCGAAUCGAGGAGACAUGAUAUCAAGGAAGAAAUCAAGCUCCACGCGAAAACCAUCGUGUUUAUCACGUGUUCACCAAGGGUUUUGUGUCUGCGGACAACGCAGAAAACACGUUAUAAGGUGGUAGGACAAUCCAAUUCUCACAUAUCUCACUUAAAGGAGUUGGGCUGUACCGCGGCUGGUCUAUGCUUAUUGUCCAGAAGAAUUUUUUUGUUCGGUCCAAAGCGAUUAAACAAAAUCACCUGUCACGCACGAAACCCCCUAACCCGUUGAAACGGAUCUCUGAAUAACGGAGAGGCAUAUACGCUUUUCUGGGUCAUCUGUCAACCGAAUGCACCCAUUCAAGAUGAGCGGUUUAAAACAGACGUAUUGUAUCAUGAAAUCAGCUAAAUGGGUUGUUGGGGAUAUUGUCAAGCACAGAAACUGACUUAGAAUUUCAUCCGUCCUCUUCGUCCUCAAAUCGUCGGGCUCUUUAAAAUUUUGAGAAUAAAAAAGUCGUGG